UCAUGUACGCGACGCUCGUUUGUUUAUCAACCCAACUUGCAACAAAAUCCCAUCGUGGUCAAACAUUCUCCAAAAGUUUCGAGGAAUUCAUACACAAGUUUGUACCUUAUUGACUCGAUUUAUUAAUAUUUCGAUUUCAACUACCCUUCUGACCGGCGGUAGUUCGUAUUUCAGGGGUUUCCGCGUGUGUUGUGCCAUAUUGAAAUUAAAUCCAGAUUAGCCAACCAAAACUGCUGACAGGGUUGUCUGGAGAGAGAGAGAGCGGUCAGCAUGUCGUCUUUCUCCGAGUCUGCGCUGGAGAAGAAGCUGUCUGAACUGAGUAACUCGCAGCAGAGCGUUCAGACUCUGUCUCUGUGGAUCAUUCAUCAUCGCAAACAUUCAUCUCUUAUCGUGCGCGUGUGGCACAGAGAGCUGAAGAAAGCUAAAAGCAGCAGGAAGUUGACGUUCCUGUAUCUGGCUAAUGACGUGAUUCAGAACAGUAAGAAAAAGGGUCCUGAGUUCACCAAAGACUUCGAAGGCGUCCUGGUUGAUGCCUGCUCACAUGUGGCCAGAGAUGGAGAUGACGGUUGUAAGAAGCACAUGGAGAGGUUGCUGAAUAUCUGGCAGGAGCGUAACCUCUACCGUCCAGACUUCAUCCAGCAGCUCAAACUGGCUAUUGAGGACUCGGACAGUCCCAAACACAAGCCCGCAGAUGAUAGAAAAAACUUGAAGAGAAGCUACCAGAAGGUCCAGGAGGAAGAGGAGGAGGAAGAUGAUGAUUACAGAGGUCACUACUCCCCUCAUGAGACAGACGCAGCCGCUCCGCAGCUGACGGAGGAGCUGGUGAAAGCGCUGCAGGAUCUGGAGAACGCUGCAUCUGGUGACGCUGCCGUGAGACAGAAGAUUGCAUCACUUCCACAGGAAGUGCAGGACGUUUCUCUUCUAGAGAAGAUCACAGAUAAACAGGCGGCAGAUAAGCUGUCGAAGACGGUGGACGAGGCAUGUCUGCUGCUGGCCGAGUAUAACGGACGCCUGGCCGCAGAGUUAGAGGACCGCAGACAGCUGGCACGUAUGCUGACAGAAUACAUCCAGAGCCAGAAGGAGGCGCUCAACGAGAGGGAGAAGAAACUGGAGGAAUACAAGCAGAAACUCGCUCGUGUCACACAAGUGCGGAAGGAGCUCAAGUCGCACAUCCAGAGUCUUCCGGAUCUGUCUCUCCUACCGAACGUCACCGGCGGUCUCGCCCCCCUCCCGUCUGCCGGAGAUCUCUUUUCCACUGACUGAACGCCUCUAUAAGACUCAAAGUCCUCUAAGACACUGGUUCCUCCUGACUCACAAACACCAGAGGAGAGCAGAGCGACUGAUCAAGAUCCUUCGCCCACUUUUGUAUUUCAGUAGUUCUCAUACCAGCCAACAAGGUUCCCAAACCUCACAGAGAUCAAACCCACCAGUCCAUCCGUCGUUAAAUCGGACUCAAAGUGUGGAGAUUUUGUUUUGGUGUGACUUUGCUGUGGAAAGCAACCCUUUUUUGCUUUGUCUUAUUCCUGUAGGGUUUUAGUUUUAUUGCUCCAAGUACAAUUUUGCUUCAUUUUGGUUUUGGAAGAGACUAAACAUGAGGAUUCGAUUUUAAACACCUGUAGACUGAGUUCAUGAUAUCAAGAGAAAUUAAUUAGAAAACUCAUGCUCAUCAUCAGACUGAUAUAUUUUGGUUACAAACCUGAUCUGUUUUUCUUCAAAUGAUUAUUUUGCUGAUAAACUCAACAGAUGUGCUGAUAUUUGUCAAAAGAAUACAGUGUGAUCCCAUUUUCUUCUCUAGUCACUGUAUGUUUACAGUGUCUCUCAUUAAAUGACCGAACACAUUCAACAACAAAA